UCUUGUGCUCCUUAAAACCCUGUUGGUGAAAAACCCUAAUCUCCGCCAGCGCUGCAAAGGCUAUAACAAUACCUUUAAUUUGAGCCUUUCCCUUCAGUUGAGCCGCUAAGGAAGAAUCAAGGCAGACUGAAAAUGGGAAGCGAUAGCGAAGCAGAGAAGACGCAGCAGAAGGAGAAGGAGAGGAAGAAGCUGCUAGCCAUCGCCCCCAUCGCCAAACCCCUCGCCGGCAAGAAGCUCUCCAAGCGCACCCUCAAACUCGUCCGCAGAGCUGCUGAACACAAAUGCCUGAAAAGAGGAGUAAAAGAAGUGGUUAAAAGUAUAAGGCGUGGUCAGAAAGGAUUGUGUGUUAUAGCUGGGAACAUAUCUCCUAUUGAUGUGAUUACUCACGUUCCAAUCUUAUGCGAAGAGGCUGAAAUUCCCUAUGUAUAUGUCCACUCAAAAGAGGACCUGGCAAAUGCAGGGGCGACUAAGAGGCCAACAUGCUGUGUUCUGGUGCAAACCAAGCCUACCAAGGGAGAAUUAGGUCCGGAGGAACAGGAAAAACUAAAAGCAGAUUACAACCAGGUUGCAGCGGAUGUGUCUGAACUUACAUCAUCUCUUUUCUGAAGGACAGAACAAAGUUAUUGUACUUUACCUAAGCUGGUACAAUGCCUGCUGUUUCAUGUAUCUUCUGAUGUCGGUAGAGCUGUUUCUUUAUUUCGAGUGGUUGGGUACCUUGUGAUCCAACCGCCGAAAUAUUUUUGAGUAACUGUAUUCGAUACAGUACCUUUAAAUAUGAUGCAGAAACUUCAUUUUGUUCA